AUGAGAGGCUUAUUACUGAACCUCAGAGACGCCUUGGAGACUAGUUUGCUCGAUUUCAUUCCCAGCACCACUGGGAAACUCACCGUGAAGUUCCCCCGAGAUGAUAUUAAUAUCACCUACCGGGGUACAAGUGAAGAAGAAAAGGCGAGAUAUCCUGCCGACAAGAAGCACAUGACCUGGUUCGACGUCAUUCUUGGCAAAGAUGCAUCAGUCUCUGUUGAAGGAUUCGGAAUUCCAUAUUCAAACCCAGGCCACCCUGCCGGCAAGAAACACAUGGCCUGGGUCGACGUCAUUCUUGGUAAAGACGUAGCAAUCUCUAUUGAAGGGUUUGGAAUUCCAUAUUCAAACCCAGUCAACACGGCUGAAGCAAGCCAAACGAUCAACGCCAUCGCGAAUGCAAACGAAGACGAACCCAAGUCUUCGAUGCACCCCGAACUGCACAGCCCCAUCACCGAGAACCUUGAAGAGGAUGGGGUCAAGUACAGCUUCCAUUGGAACGACCUUCUGGUCGUUAUCAAGCGAGUUUACAAUACUAAGGACAUCGGAGAGUUCGUUCGCAGGGCGCCAGACCCACCCCAGCUGCCAGCUGGUGACAUCGCUCCAGAGAUCUAUGGCAGCAGAAUAGUGAUCGACAGCACUCUCAGCAAAAGGCUAGCCGGCGAAGCAUCCCUACUACCAAUCCGAUAUCGUCGCUCAGUAUAA